GGCUUCGCCAAAUCCAAUGCGAACUGUAAGAAUCGUUUCACUCCUUCCCAUCCAGAAGAGCUCGAGCUAAAACCGCUCCGUCUUCGUUUUGGCGAGAAUCGAAAUGGCUAACGAGCUCGACCUCGACGCCUUGCUCCGCUACGCCGCCUCUAACGUCACCGGCUUUCCUCCCUCACCGUCCAAUUUCACCGUCUCUAAGUUCGGGCAUGGACAAUCGAAUCCGACUUAUCUGAUGCAAGUAGGAUCGGGAGCGUCGGUGAAACGCUACGUUUUGAGAAAGAAGCCGCCGGGGAAGUUGCUUCACUCUGCUCAUGCUGUUGAGAGAGAAUUCCAGGUUCUUCAAGCAUUGGGUAAUCAUACUGUAGUUCCGGUUCCGAAAGUUUUCUGUUUGUGUACUGAUCCAAGCGUGAUUGGAACCGCUUUUUACAUCAUGGAGUUUUUGGAAGGGCGCAUUUUUGUCGACCCCAGGCUACCGGGUGUAGAGCCUGCGAGCAGGAGGGCUAUUUACCAAGCAACUGCAAAAGCUUUAGCAUCGCUGCAUUCUGCUGACGUUGAUGCCAUUGGACUAGGAAAGUAUGGGCGUCGCGAAAACUAUUGUAAACGGCAGGUAGAGAGGUGGGCAAAACAAUAUAUUGCCUCCACUGGUGAAGGCAAGCCUGAGAGAAAUCCGAAGAUGUUUGAGCUGAUUGAUUGGUUACAGCAGCAUAUUCCUCUUGAAGAUUCUUCAGGAGGUGCAACCGGCUUAGUGCAUGGGGACUUUCGCCUCGAUAAUCUUGUGUUUCAUCCUAUUGAGGAUCGAGUGAUUGGCAUUCUUGACUGGGAAUUGUCUACUCUUGGAAACCAAAUGUGUGAUGUUGCUUACUGUUCUUUGCCUUACAUCACAGACUUUGGGGUUGACAAAGAUCAACUUGGUAAAGGUAUGGAACAUACUGGGCUUCCAGAAGGGAUUCCUUCUCAGGCAGAAUAUGUGGCAGAAUACUGCUCUUCAUCUGGAAAGCCAUGGCCUUUUGCUCAGUGGAAGUUUUAUAUAGCAUUUUCUUUAUUCCGUGGCGCAUCAAUUUAUGCGGGCAUCUAUAGUAGAUGGACCAUGGGUAAUGCUUCAGGAGGUGAGAGUGCCCAGCAUGCAGGUGACAAAGCUAAUUUUCUUAUAGACUAUGCAUGGGCAUUUGUUAGACGAGAAUCUGUGCUUCCUGAGCAUCCUCCAUCAGGGUCUUUUGUUGCUCAAAACUGCUUGAAAAGAUUGGGACAAGAGAGUGAAGAUCAAGGAUUUUCAGAAGGGGGAGGAAAGUUUGUCCCCAGUAAAAGGAUUUUAGAAUUGAGAAAAAGGUUGGUCAAGUUCAUGGAAGAUCACAUAUAUCCCAUGGAAAAAGAAUUCUACAAACUUGCUCAGUCUACCUCACGUUGGACAGUGCAUCCAGAGGAGGAGAAGUUAAAAGAGCUUGCAAAGAAAGAAGGCCUAUGGAACUUAUUUAUACCUUUUGAUAGUGCUGCCAGGGCAAAAAAAUUAAUUUUUGAUGGGACCAAUCAACUUCAGUCAGAUGAUACCUACAAUCAGUUAUUGGGCGCUGGUCUUUCAAACCUUGAAUACGGAUAUCUUUGUGAGAUCAUGGGUCGUUCUAUUUGGGCUCCACAAGUGUUCAACUGUGGCGCACCUGAUACAGGAAAUAUGGAGGUCUUGUUGCGUUAUGGGAACAAAGAACAACUACUUGAAUGGCUUAUUCCUUUACUUGAGGGGAGAAUCCGGUCAGGAUUUGCAAUGACAGAACCCCAAGUUGCAUCCUCUGAUGCAACUAACAUCGAGUGUUCUAUUAGUAGACAAGGAGAUUCAUAUAUUAUCAAUGGAAAAAAAUGGUGGACAAGUGGGGCUAUGGAUCCAAGAUGUAGACUUCUUAUAGUCAUGGGAAAAACCGACUUCAAUGCUGCUAUGCAUAAACAACAGUCUAUGAUCUUAGUGGAUAUCCGGACUCCAGGUGUACAUAUAAAGAGAGCACUUACAGUUUUUGGCUUUGAUGAUGCACCUCAUGGGCAUGCAGAAGUUUUAUUUGACAAUGUACGCGUCCCAGCAAAGAAUAUUCUACUGGGAGAAGGACGUGGGUUUGAGAUUGCACAGGGUAGGUUAGGCCCAGGAAGGUUACACCAUUGCAUGAGACUGAUAGGAGCUGCUGAGCGAGGCAUGGAGAUAAUGGCUGAAAGGGCUCUUAGUAGAAGAGUUUUUGGGAAGUUGAUUGCUGAACAAGGCUCUUUUCGUUCUGAUAUAGCAAAGUGUCGAAUAGAGCUAGAGAAAACCAGAUUGUUGGUUCUGGAGGCAGCCAACCAGCUUGAUAGACUUGGAAACAAAAAGGCCCGCGGAACUCUAGCAAUGGCAAAGGCAGCAACCCCAAACAUGGCUCUGAUGGUGCUGGACAUGGCAAUGCAAGUCCAUGGCGGUGCUGGCUUGUCUUCUGACACUUGUCUGGCUCAUCUUUGGGCCACAGCAAGAACAUUGAGAAUAGCAGAUGGUCCGGAUGAAGUUCACUUGGGUACCAUUGCCAAGUUAGAACUACAGAGAGCUAAAGCUAAACUCUGAACUUUCAGAGAAUAUAUCAACCAGGAAACAAGGAACUUUUAGCAGUUGAGUUCGUGAAAGUCCAAGUGCUUAUUUCAUUGAAAGCGUUCUGCCCUAGUUAAAUCUUAAUGAGUUAAUAAGAUCAAUACGACAUACUUCUACAAACAUACAGUUGAGAGAUAAGAUCAAUAAUGUUGAUGUCAAAAGAAAUAUGCUGUAAACAAAAGAAAAUGUAACAAUUCGAAGAGGAAGUCCACAAUGUACCUGUUGAAAGUAAGCCCUUACUCUCUGUAUCUUGUCCAAUUAAUGGUUACUACUCUUUCAAUGUUGAAAAGCAGUUAAAAUGA